GAGCUACAAGAGCGGCGAGGCUUCAGAGCUACAUUUGAGGAUAUGGUCAACUUCCUCGAGCGACAGAUAAAGAUCCUGUCCCAUCCAUUGUUUGGAGACAUCUCUGACAACAAGCCAAACCCUGUGAUGAGAAGAACACAUAAGAACAGAACAACAUUAAAGGUCAACACGAAAGGCAGCAGCUUUGUUACCUCCAUUUCAGCCCCUGAAAACCCCAUUUCUGUUCCAACAAUUCACAAGCAGACAACAGCUGCUAAUAAUCUUCUUCUGGAAACUUGUCUUUAUUGUGAGGAGUCUCAUUUAAUAUCAAAGUGCCCAAAACUGCAAAGGAUUUCUCAUAAGGAGAAAAUGGAAUUCCUGAAAGGAAAAGGAGCAUGUUUUGGAUGCCUGAAAGUAGGCCACAUGAGUAAGGAGUGUAGGAAUCGUCUUACCUGUGACAAAUGCCAUCUAAAGCAUCCCACCCUUUUGCAUAUAAAUAACAAAGAACCAUCAAUAAGC